AUGUCGGCGCCGUGGGACUACAUUGCCAAGCUAGUCUGCAUCGGCGACUCGGGCUGCGGCAAGUCGAGCCUCACUAUCCGCCUCUGCGAAGGCCGCUUUUCGCCGCACCACGACGUCACCAUCGGCGUCGAAUUCGGCUCGCGCAUCGUCCCCGUCGGCCCUCCUCACAGCCAAACCAUGGCCCUCCCUCCCACCACGUCCUCAUCAUCCUCGAUACCGGCCACCUCGGCCACCACGACAACAUCCACGGGCCUGCCUGAGCCGCCCCGCGACCCCAGCAAAACGCCCCAAAAGCACAUGAAGCUCUCCCUCUGGGACACGGCCGGCCAGGAAACCUACAAGUCCGUCACCCGAUCCUACUUUCGCGGCGCGUCCGGCGCCCUCCUCGUCUUCGACCUCUCCCGCAAGCAGACGUUUGACCACGUCACCGACUGGCUCAGCGACCUGCGCCAGAUUGCCGAGCCCGACAUUGUCGUUGUCCUCGUCGGCAACAAGGCCGACCUCGUCGGCGACGAGACGAAGCGCCAAGUCUCAAGGCAGCAGGCGCAGGAGUGGGCCCGCGGCAACGGCGUGCUCGAGUACGUCGAGACGAGCGCCAAGAGCGGCGAAAACGUGGAGAGCGCCUUUAUGCGCGUCGCCGAGCGCAUAUACCAUAAUAUCCAGGCAGGCAAGUACGAUCUCAACGAUCGACGGUCCGGCGUCAAGGGGCCCACCGCUGGUGGGAGCAGGCAGGUCAAGUUGGGGCCCAACGGGACCAAGUCUAUGACGGGCGGGUGCUGCUAA